CGCUUUAAUGAUGAGAUCGACAAACUGACUGGAUACAAGACAAAGUCACUCUUGUGCAUGCCCAUAAGAAACAGUGAUGGAGAGAUUAUUGGUGUUGCCCAAGCAAUAAAUAAGACUCCCGGUGGUGCCCCUUUUUCUGAUGAUGAUGAAAAAGUGAUGCAGAUGUAUCUCCCUUUCUGUGGGAUUGCCAUAUCCAAUGCCCAGCUGUUUGCAGCUUCAAGGAAGGAAUAUGACAGAAGUAGGGCUUUACUGGAAGUAGUGAAUGAUCUCUUUGAGGAACAGACUGAUUUAGAGAAAAUUGUCAAGAAAAUCAUGCACCGGGCCCAGACGCUGCUGAAGUGUGAACGAUGCUCAGUAUUGCUACUGGAAGAUAUUGAAUCACCAGUGGUGAAAUUUACAAAAUCCUUUGAGUUGUUAUCUCCAAAAUGCAAUGCUGAUACUGACAACAGUUUCAAGGACAGCGUGGAGAAAUCGUCGUCUUAUUCCGACUGGCUAAUAAAUAACAGCAUUGCUGAACUCGUAGCUUCCACAGGUCUCCCCGUGAACAUCAGUGAUGCCUAUCAGGAUCCUCGCUUUGAUGCUGAAGCUGACCAGAUUUCUGGCUUUCACAUAAGGUCUGUUUUGUGUGUUCCUAUAUGGAAUAGCAACCACCAAAUAAUUGGGGUAGCUCAAGUGUUGAACAGGCUUGAUGGGAAACCCUUUGACGACGCCGACCAGCGACUGUUUGAAGCUUUCGUUAUUUUUUGUGGCCUGGGCAUCAACAACACAAUUAUGUACGACCAAGUGAAGAAAUCCUGGGCAAAACAGUCUGUGGCUCUUGACGUGUUAUCUUAUCAUGCAACAUGCUCGAAGGCAGAAGUUGAUAAAUUUAAGGCAGCAAACAUCCCUCUGGUGUCAGAGCUUGGCAUUGAUGAUAUUCAUUUUGAUGACUUCUCGCUUGAUGUGGAUGCCAUGAUUACUGCAGCCCUGCGGAUGUUCAUGGAACUUGGAAUGGUUCAGAAAUUUAAAAUUGACUACGAGACGCUGUGUAGGUGGCUUUUGACGGUUAGGAAGAAUUAUCGAAUGGUUUUGUAUCACAACUGGAGGCAUGCCUUCAACGUCUGCCAGCUAAUGUUUGCCAUGUUAACUACUGCUGGAUUUCAGGAGAUUCUAACUGAAAUAGAAAUUUUAGCUUUGAUUGUGGGAUGUUUAUGUCACGACCUCGACCACAGGGGAACCAACAACGCCUUCCAAGCCAAGAGCGGAUCAGCCUUAGCUCAGCUCUACGGCACCUCUGCUACCUUGGAACACCACCACUUCAAUCAUGCUGUCAUGAUUCUCCAAAGUGAGGGUCACAACAUCUUUGCUAACUUGUCCUCUAAGGACUACAGUGACCUUAUGCAGCUUCUAAAGCAAUCGAUAUUGGCAACAGACCUCACUCUGUAUUUUGAGAGAAGGACCGAGUUUUUUGAACUCGUCAGUAAAGGUGGUUAUGAUUGGAAUAUAAAAAACCACCGAGAAAUAUUUCGAUCAAUGCUAAUGACAGCCUGUGACCUUGGAGCUGUGACCAAACCGUGGGAGAUUUCAAGACAGGCAACUGAGCUGGUAACCAGCGAGUUCUUUGAACAAGGAGACAGAGAAAGAUCUGAACUCAAACUCACCCCUUCAGCCAUUUUUGAUCGGAACAGGAAAGAUGAACUACCCAGGUUGCAGCUCGAGUGGAUUGAUAGCAUCUGCAUGCCAUUGUAUGAGAACCUAGUGAAGCUGAAUGUGAAACUGAAGCCGAUGCUGGACUCCGUGGCAGUUAACAGAGGCAAAUGGGAGGAGCUGCACCAAAAAAGACUUCCUUCUCAGGCGGCAUCCUCGUCCUCCCUCUCCUCUAGCUUUACUGUGUCUCUCAAAGACAUAAAUUAA